CUAAAUUGUGUCGUUUUCACACACAGUUCUCCCUCCGUUCAGUGUAGAAGCGUCAGCUUGAGCUCUGUCUUCAACUCUCUUCUCUGGUGAAUGUAAAUGAUGGAAACAUUGGUGACGUUCCUCCUCACUGGAUCUCUGAUACAAGGUGUUUUGUGUGGCUUUAAUAUCAAUCUGCCGAAUAAAGUAGAAGCUCUGAAAGGAUCCUGUGUUUUCAUCCCCUGCACAUUUGAUAUUGAACAACAAUAUGAAGCUGACCUCACUGACAGAGCAAAGAGAAUGUGGUUUAAAGACAGAAACCCUCACGUUAUAAUGUUUGACUCCAGCAGCCCCAACACUGGACGGUUAAAAGGAGAAAUAUUUGGCACUGCUACACAGAAAAACUGCACCACACGCUUCGAUAAUGUUGAUCAGAGUCAUAAUGGGUCGUAUUACUUAAGAGUCGAAACCAAUGGUAAACUGAAAUAUAACUACAUAGGACCUACAUACUCUGAAGUUGAAAUUGUCGUCUCAGGAUCUCCACCCAAACCUACACUGAUUGUCUUUAAGGAUCAGCAGAAGGUGAUGAAGAGGAAGGUGGAGGUGAUUGAGGGAAGUUCAGUGAGUCUGCGCUGCUCUACUAAGAUCUUCUGUCCGUCUCGUCCAUCAUCUCUCACAUGGAGCUCGUCUCUCAUCGAGAGCGUCACAGGACGACAGUAUCAGAGCCAAACUGAUCUCAUCUCUGAUCUGAACUUCACUGUUUCUCACCGUCAUCACAGAGUCACUUUCACCUGCACUGCAACACACCAGAUACAGAAGCAGAACACAACACAAGAGUCUCGUCUGCUACACGUUCAGUAUGCUCCUAAAAACACAUCUGUGAGGAUAAAUCCAGCUGGUUUAGUUCUGGAGGGUCGUUCAGUGACUCUGAUCUGCAGCAGUGAUGCAAACCCAGCAGUGAACUACACCUGGUACAGAGACACUGAGAGACCUCUGAAUCCAGUUCAGACCGGACCAAACCUGACCAUCAACAACACCGACCCGACACACAGCGGACGAUACUACUGUACAGCUGAGAACAAACACGGCACACAGAAGUCAUCAGUGCUGCUGGACGUCCAGUGUGAGUGUUACGAGUCUUUACUAGGGGUUGACUUCUGA